UGAGGCCAUACCAUGAAUUAGAAGAAGAAAUUGUUUACAUAUAAGUCGACCGAUCACUGGUUUUGUUUAUUUUGAUUCUGGUUUCAGGCCUAGUAGAUUAACUUCAAGAAUCAAACAAAAAUUAAACAAAGAUGUCAAUCUCAAGAUCACUUCCACAAAAUAAAGAAGUCUUAUUGAAAACUUACAGAACAAGACUGAAGGAUGACGUUAAGAGUAUGCUGGAAAACUUUGAAGAAAUUGUAAAAGUGUCCAAGGGAGAGCACGUUACUCAACUUUCAAGGAUGACUCAGUGUGAGCAAGAUACAUACGAAAUGCAUGUUAGAGCGGCAAAUAUAGUACGGGCUGGAGAGUCACUUAUGAAAUUGGUAUCAGACAUCAAACAAUAUCUCAUAUUGAAUGACUUUCCUUCGGUGAAUGAAGCCAUAACGCAUAACUCCAAACUUUUCAGAACCAAACAAUCUGAAUGUGACCAGAAAUUGAUGUCCUUGAGGAAUGAUGUGGCUGCAGAUUUAUAUGAUCUCGAAGAAGAAUAUUAUAGUAGUAUUAAUAAAUGAAUACAAAAUA